AUAAGGAUUACCAAUUAUAUAAGAAGUUCAUCAAUAAUUCUCUUAAUAAUAAAUUAUGUAAUACGUUCCAUUAACAGUUCAUUUGAAUGCUCUUGCUCAACUUUAUUAAUAAUGUGCUGCCUUAUCAGAAAAGCAUGAUCGACUAGCCAAAGGAAUGGAUAUUUUCAAUACAGAUAUUAAUCAACCAAACAUAAAUCCUAUGAUUGAUUAAGAAAGACUUUUACAAGAUUAAAAUCUUGAUGCUAUACAGAUCUAAGAUUUAGCUUCAUAGAAACCUAAUUCUCCAUAAUCAAGUGAAAAGACACCUGUAGAGAUUGAGUAACAAAUAUAUUAAAAGUUUUAGUUUAAUAACUGAUGAAAAUAUGCCUAUAGAGUAAGGAACUAAACCAAUUUAAAGUGAAACAAAAAAAAUUAAGAAACCUAAAUUAAAUUUGGAUAGCACUAAAUCUUUAUAAUGUCAAGAAUGCAAAAAGUUUGUCAAAAACACUGCAGGUUUAAAAAGACAUUAAUCAAGAAUGCAUUCUGAUAAACCUUUAAAAAAUUUGACUAAAAAAAUGGGAAGCACAAAAUAAAAAGGGAUUUAAGUUCUAAAUUGAAUUUAUUUAUUUUUAAAAAA